CGCCGCCCCUGCGGGUCGGAAGUGAGCCGAGCUCCAGCCGCUCCCGCCCCGCCGCCGAGGCUGCCGCCGUCACUAUGGAGUAGUCGCGGCAGGACGGGGUCCGAGCGAGAGACGGAGCCGGCGUGACAGGCGGCCCGCCGGGCCCACAGGGCGACGGGCAGCCGGGCUCUGCGCCGGCAGCUUCCCGCGGGCUCAGGAUAAGCCAUCGGUGCAAAUUGAAACCAUGGAGUCCAUGCUGAACAAGCUGAAGAGCACUGUCACAAAGGUGACAGCUGAUGUCACCAGUGCUGUCAUGGGAAAUCCCGUCACCAGGGAAUUUGAUGUCGGGCGACAUAUUGCCAGUGGGGGUAAUGGUCUUGCUUGGAAGAUAUUUAAUGGAACUAAAAAGUCAACAAAGCAGGAAGUGGCUGUUUUUGUCUUUGAUAAGAAGCUAAUAGACAAGUACCAAAAAUUUGAAAAAGAUCAGAUUAUUGAUUCCUUAAAACGAGGUGUUCAACAGCUAACUAGGCUUCGACACCCUAGACUACUUACUGUACAACAUCCAUUAGAAGAGUCCAGGGAUUGCUUGGCAUUUUGUACAGAACCAGUCUGUGCAAGUUUAGCUAAUGUUCUUGGCAGCUGGGACAACCUACCUUCUCCUUUACCAUCAGACAUUAAAGAAUACAAACUUUAUGACGUGGAGACCAAAUAUGGUUUGCUUCAGGUUUCUGAAGGUUUGUCAUUUUUGCAUAGCAGUGUCAAAAUGGUCCAUGGGAAUAUUACUCCUGAAAAUAUAAUCUUGAAUAAAAGUGGAGCAUGGAAAAUUAUGGGCUUUGAUUUUUGUAUCCAAUCAACAAAUCCAUCCGAACAGGAGCCAAAGUUCCCUUGUAAGGAAUGGGAUCCAAACUUGCCAUCCUUGUGUCUUCCAAAUCCUGAGUAUCUGGCACCAGAAUACAUUCUCUCUGUGAGCUGUGAGACAGCCAGUGAUAUGUACUCUCUGGGAGCUGUUAUGUAUGCAGUGUUUAAUAAAGGGAAACCAAUUUUUGAGGUCAACAAGCAAGAUAUUUAUAAAAGCUUUAGUAGACAGCUGGACCAGCUGAGCCGUUUAAGCUCCAGUACUCUUGAGAACAUACCCGAGGAGGUGCGUGAGCAUGUAAAGCUGCUCCUAAACGUAGCUCCGGCAGUCAGACCAGAUGCUGAUCAAAUGACUAAGAUACCAUUCUUUGAUGAUGUAGGAGCAAUGACGCUUCAGUAUUUUGAUUCAUUAUUUCAAAGAGAUAACCUGCAGAAAUCACAGUUUUUUAAAGGACUACCAAAAGUUCUGCCAAAACUACCUAAGCGUGUUGUAAUUCAGCGAAUUUUGCCUUGUUUGACUUCUGAAUUUGUGAAUCCGGAUAUGGUACCCUUUGUCUUGCCUAAUGUUCUCCUAAUUGCUGAGGAGUGCACCAAAGAAGAAUAUAUCAAGCUCAUUCUACCCGAUCUUGGUCCUGUUUUUAAGCAGCAAGAACCAAUCCAGAUAUUGUUAAUCUUCCUGCAAAAAAUGGAUUUGCUUCUAACCAAAACUCCACCAGAUGAAAUAAAGAACAGUGUUCUACCAAUGGUUUAUAGAGCCUUGGAAGCACCUUCGAUUCAGAUCCAGGAGCUUUGCCUAAACAUAAUUCCCACGUUUGCCAAUUUAAUAGAUUAUCCAUCAAUGAAAAAUUCAUUAAUUCCAAGAAUUAAAAAUGCAUGUUUGCAAACUUCUUCUCUUGCUGUCCGGGUAAACUCACUAGUGUGUUUGGGCAAGAUUUUGGAGUACUUGGAUAAAUGGUUUGUGCUUGAUGAUAUUUUACCUUUUCUACAACAAAUUCCAUCAAAGGAACCUGCGGUGCUCAUGGGAAUUUUAGGUAUUUACAAAUGUACAUUUACGCACAAGAAGUUGGGAAUUACCAAAGAACAGCUUGCAGGAAAAGUGUUGCCCCAUCUGAUUCCUCUUAGUAUUGAGAACAAUCUUAAUCUCAAUCAGUUCAAUUCUUUUAUUUGUGUUAUAAGAGAUAUGCUCAAUAGAUUGGAAGCAGAGCAUAAAACGAAACUUGAGCAACUUCAUGUCAUGCAAGAGCAACAGAAAUCCUUGGACAUAGCCAACCAAAUGAGUGGGGCUGAAGAGGCGAGAUCUAGUGGUACAGGCAAUCAGAUUGACAAAGUAUUUAAUAACGGAACUGACCUUCUAACUAGUGGAUCUGAUAGUAAAGAGAAUGAGAUGUCAUCAAUACAGAGAAAGGCCUCACUUACACUGGAAGAGAAGCAAAAGUUAGCUAAAGAACAAGAACAGGCGCAGAAGCUGAAAAGCCAGCAACCUCUUAAGCCCCAAACAACUACAGUAACACCUCCAGUGAAGCAGACAAAAGACUUGACAGAUACCUUGAUAGAUAACAUGUCAUCUUUGACCAGCCGUCCUAUCAACCAAGCUCAAGUUGCAUCUUCAAACACCUUCUCUUCCGUUCCUUCUGUGGGUGUUGGAAUGGGAUUUUCAUCGCCCAUUGACAACACAAAGAGAAAUAUGACAAAUGGACUCAAUACAAACAUGGGGUUUCAGACUGCUGGAUUCACCAUGGGAGCAGGUCUUGCUACUCAGAAUUUCUUCAGUGGUCCAAGUGCAACAGGAGCAACCAAGAUGAGCAUGGUACCACCUGCCAACAUGCCAAAUUACAAUCCUAUGAAUGCUGCAUCUGCAAUCUCUCCACUGACACAACAAAACAGACCCCCAGAUAUGUCUGCUUUAGAUAAUCUUUUUGGUCCUCAAAAACCCAAAGUUAGCAUGAAGCAGCUGGCUCAGCAGAAAUCAAGCCAGUGGGUUAAUCAGUUUGUGCCACCACCAGGGUCCCCAAAUGCGAGCAAUACAGCCUUGGCACCUCAGAUGAACAUGCUAGCACAGCCAGGCUUUGGGAUACAGGGUAAUCCUUUCUUUUCUCCUCAGAACUUUGCACAGCCAGCAAACACAAUGACAAGCAGCAGCUCAGCUAGCAAUGACUUAAAAGAUCUUUUUGGGUAAAAUGUUUUGUUUUCUUCCUUCAAAGAUUGGUGAAAUUUGGAUCAUGGGUAAGCUGAUUAACAUCUUGUUUUUAUUAAUAAAAGCAUGACUUGGGGAAGCUUUCAACCCAGCAAAGACUUCUGGGCAGGAAAAAAGGCUGAUGUUUCAUUCACCUGGUACUGCAGUGGAAUUGUGUAAGUCCAAAGUAAUCUUACAUGCUAAAGAUUUCCUGUCUUUUUACCAACAUGAGAGUGCUGAAGGUAGGAUGCAUAUAUUCAUCUGAAAAAGAAGUAUAUUGAAAUUAUUCAGAGCUAAACCAUUCAAGUCCAAUGGAAUUUCCUACACAAUUUUGUUAAAGUUCAGCAAAAAUGCUUAGGGGAUAAUGCUGCUGUUGGAUGCAAACCUGGAGAAUUACUCAUGUUGCCUGAAUUUGUCAUAAGCUGUCAUUUUGUCCUAUGACAGUUUGCAAAAAGAAAAUUCUUAUGCUGGUCUAAAACUUUUGAUAACCAAAUUAUACAGAGAGCACUCUAACGCAUAACUAUGGGUGAGACUAAGAAGGGAGUGUAUUUUGACUUUCUUCUCUCAUAUAAGCUAAUGUAAUGAAUGUGGUAGUAGACUGCAACAAGAUUCAUCAGGCAUAAGAAGUUGUUCUAAACUUUGGUUCAAGUUUGGGACAGGGUAAGAACGCUGCUUCAGAGGUUGAUCAUGCUGGUUUACAAUCUCUUGUAAUCUAGAUCCUUCUUACAAGCCCCAUAGCAAAAGCAACAUACCACUUAAGCAGGAUUUUAAAAUACAUGUGGUGAUUUCAUCACAUUUACUGUAUUUUCCAUUGUUUUGGCUAAUAUGAUAUUGCUUCUAACUGAUGUGAAAAAACCUGUAGUUAUGAAACCUCAAAAAUGAAUGUAAAUGUAAAAUUCACAUGUUGACUGCCCCAACUGUGUAACUAACCACACAUUACAUAGUUACACAGAAACAUCUUGAAUUAAUUAGUAUUUUUAGCUCAAUUGAGACGAUGAAAAAGGAUCACCUUAUACAAUUUGCACAGGGUUUUGUGAAAAACAGACUGCCAUAAAUUGCCUUUGCUAGAGUGAACUAUUUCAUUUUACUUUUGAUUUAAAUGAAGUCCUUAUGAAGGAUACAUUGACAUGAAGUGAUUUCUCAAAUAUGGA